GGAAAGCUGCUUGCUCCAGGUUGCGCAUAUCCAGAUUCAGCCAGGAUUGCCACCACUGUUAGUGACACCAACCUCAAACCCGAACAAACCCCCAACAGCACCACCACGCCAGCCCUCGCCAGCCACGACCUCUGACACCACAGCUCGCAGCGCAGAGAUAUACAUCACCAACCCAGACACACAUCUGCCACGAUGCCACCUGCAAAGAAGAGAAAGACUAGAACAUCCGCCCAGCCCAUCGGUGAAACUGAACCCUCCAACCCACCGGCCCAGAUACCAGAGCCAGAACCAGAACAAGAACCAGGACAAGAACCAGGGGGAAAACCAGAGCCUGAGAACAGCACGCCAGAAACGAUAGAAGCCUCCUCCUCCUCAAGACCCUCGACAUCAAAUUCAUCAGCAGCAGCAGCAGCGACGGACCGCCUCGCCCGCUUCCGCGCCCUGCAAGCCCGCGCCAAGAAAUCAUCUUCGCAAAAUCUAGCGGAAGCCACCAAGGAAUCACAGCGACUCGCCUCAGACCCAUCCGCCCUGAUAGCCCUGCAGCGCAAGCGCGACGUCGCCGCUUCCAAGCUGCUCAAGGCCGAGACCGAAGAGGCCGGCGACGACUUUGAGCGCAAGCGCGCCUGGGACUGGACCAUCGACGAGUCAGAAAAAUGGGACAAGCGCCUGAAGAAGAGGGCGACGGCCCGCGACAACACGGCCUUUCAGGAUUUCAGGGUCGAGGGCAACAAGACGUACAAGCGGCAGAUCAAGGGCAUGGACGCACCCGACAUGGAGAAAUACAACAAGGACAAGAUGGCCGCCAUUGAGCGCGCCGCCGCAAGUGGAGGCUUGGAUAUCGUCGAGACCGAAGAUGGGGAGCUCAUCGCUGUGGAUAAGGACGGCAGCUUCUACAGCACCGCCGACAGCACGAGCUUCAUCGACAACAAGCCCGACAAGGCGAAUGUGGAUCGCCUCGUCAAUGAUAUACGCAAGGCCGAAGAGAACAAGCUCAAGAAGAGGAGAGAGCGCAUGGAAAAGAACGGAGACGAUGGCGACGUCACGUACAUCAACGAGAAGAACAAGCAGUUCAACCAGAAGUUGGACCGCUUCUACAACAAGUAUACUGCUGAGAUUAGAGAUAGUUUCGAGAGAGGCACCAUGAUCUAAGGGGACUGCUACAAGAACUUGUUUGUUUCAAUGAAACGGUGGAGGAUUCUGUGCAUUUUUCGGAUCAGCAGGGCUGCAAGGGGUCUUGCAUAGCGACUAGAUUUGCAUAAUUAUGACUUUGAAGAAACAAAAUCACAAAAUAUAUGUAAAACGUUCCGGGGUGGAGAGGUUGGGUGUGCUGCUUGCUUCAAUGCUUUCCUCUCUCACGUUGAAUCCAAGAUUUCCACACUCUCCCGCACGUGCUUCUCCUUUGGGCACUGUAUCUCGGAGUGGUCGACAGAAGAAUUCACAACGCCAAAUCUGGUUGGUGGUGGGACGACUUGUUCUCAACAGAGUGGAAAAUGAGGCGCCGACACCUGUCUCGUAACAAGGCACACGUUCCAAGAAAAGGCUAGGUUAGUUCGGUACUGAUUAAAAUAUGCCCAGGGCGGUUGUUAUUGAUUUAUUGUGACCCGCCCAAAGAUAAAAAAAUAAAAUAAAAGGGA